AAGGGUGUUACGGUCUGUUCUACACCUUCGAGCCUCCCUCCGACCACCCUACUUACGAUGAAUCCAUGGCAGAAAUAGAGGUGAGAGCAGCUCAUAAUGUACUGGAGGCAUGUGCGCAGACAGAUACCAUUGAAAAAGUCGUCUUCACGUCGUCAGUGACGGCCGUCAUCUGGAACGACAACCUUCGUACGACGUCGUCCCAUCUUGACGAGAGAAGCUGGUCUGACGUCAACACUUGUAAGAAGUUCAAGUUAUGGCAUGGUCUGUCAAAGACGUUGGCAGAGAAGACGGCGUGGGCGUUGGCGAUGGACAGAGGGAUCAACAUGGUGUCUAUUAACGGAGGGCUGUUAAUGAGUCCAGAUCUUACGGUCAGGAAUCCGUAUUUGAAAGGAUCGGCUGAGAUGUAUGGAGAUGGAGUAUUUGUUACGGUGAAUCUCAGCUUCAUGGUGGACGCUCACAUUUGCAUCUUUGAAGAAAUCUCAGCCUUUGGAAGAUAUCUAUGCUUUGACCACAUCAUUAAUUCUCACCAUCAUGCCAUUCACCUCAUCAAUAUGCUCUUACCCCCAUCUGAUUCUCAACCUCCCCAAAAUCAAAGUUUGGAGGAGACAGAAGUGUAUCAACAGAGAAUAAGCUGCAAGAAACUUAACGAGUUAAUGCUGCAUUUCAGGACCUCCACUCAUCUAUAGCAUGAUCAAGCUACAACUUCACCCUUCAUUUUUUCUAAACCUCAUCCAAAACUAUUCUAUAUUAUACAUGACUAUAUAAUAUUGGAAUAUUGAAAAUAAGAAUAUGCAUCCAUCAAAUUUCUUCUACUUUUUCUUACUGUAAAUUCUGUUAUAAUAAAAUAAAAUUUAACAGUAAAAAACUCUGUUCGCAACGCUAUGAAACUAUGAACCGGUCUAGUUCAACCUCUGUUUCCCAAAUGUGAAUUCUCCUCAUCUAUUGAGGU